AUGGCCAACCUCGAGCAGACGCGGUCUUCAGCCGACGUUCUUGCAGACGAAGUGGAGGCAGACCUUGCUCGUGAAGAGAACCCUGGUUCAUCGGCCACGUCUGGUUCAAGCUCUGCGGAAUCUCCCACCAGGCAGGACGAUGACGCUCUGACCGAUGCCAUGGAUGUGCAGCCCGACGACUCGGCUGACUCGGCGGAAGACUUGAUGCUUGGGGAUGCAGACCAAAACAUUGGCAAACGCGUCAAGGUCUAUGAGCUCCGCGAUCAGGCGUGGUUUGACCGCGGAACUGGUCACUGCAAGGGGGUCUAUGACGACCAGAAUGAUGUGGCGCUUCUGAUCGUGGAGGCCGAGGACCCAGCCGAGGGAGCACAAGGCGAAGAUGGUGAUGGGCCUGGAGGCUUUCUCAAGGACGACCUGCUUCUCAACACACAGGUCUCCAAAGAUGAACAGUAUAGCCGUCAGCAAGAAACACUUAUUGUGUGGACGGACCAGGCUACUCAAUUAGACAUUGCCUUGUCGUUCCAGGACCCCAAGGGCUGUGACGACAUUUGGCAGUUUAUCAUGGAAGUUCAGAAGCAUCUCAGCAACCAGAUUGGCGACGAGCCCAAGCUGGCAAUGGCGUCUUCCUCGUCGCCUAUGGGCGGCUCACCUCUGCUCGGUCCAGCAUCAACCGCAAUGGGUGCCAUGGCUCGAGAUCAUUGGCAGCCUCCGUCUCUCGCAAACAUCAAGGAGCACGAGAUGUGGCUUCGUAUGCAGGCCAAGUCGGCUGCUGGUCGCGAGCGUGCAGUGGAGAACAUUAUCGGCGAGCUGAUCGGCGUGCUCAGCCAGGCUGAGGAUCUUGAGAGUAUCAACGAUCUGCAUGCCCUGUGCUCCUUAAUGCAGACCAUCCUCAUGUUCAAUGACAACGGCAUCUUUGAGUAUAUUCUGCAAGACGAGAUCUUUAUGGGUGUCCUUGGCAUGCUGGAGUACGACCCCGAGUUCCCGACCUUGAAAGCAUCGUACCGUGCCUUCUACACCCAGUUCUCCAAGUUCCGACAGGUUGUCGAGAUCAAGGACGAGACAAUUCGCAACAAGAUUCACCAAACAUCCAGGUUACUGUAUCUCAAGGACGUUGUGCUCGCGAGGAUGCUCGACGACCCCACGUUUGGCAUUCUCAACAGCUUUGUCUUCUUCAACCAAGUUGACAUUACGACAUAUAUCCAGUCCGAUGAGGUGCUACUUCACGACCUCUUUGUGGAUUUCCGUACAGAUCCAGACGACCCGGCCAAGGCCGCCAAGAAGCGCGACCUCGUCCAGUUUCUCCACCAGCUCAUGGUCAUGGGUAAGGGGGUGCAGGUACCCAACCGUCUUGCGCUGUACCGUACCCUCUUGGACCGUGGUCUGCUGUUCGCCUGCGAGUGGGCGUUUGGACAGCGUGAAGCGACCAUUCUCCACGCAGGUGCUGAAAUCUUGACUCUGGCCGUUGAGCACGACGUGAAUGCUGUUCGCCUUCACGCUCUUCGCGAAGAAGAAAUGUCCCGUCGUACGCUUGUUGUUGAGAGCAUUGGUCUUCUUCAGUCAACGUCCGAUCAAGGCCUCAUCCAGCAGAUGACCGAGACCCUGAAGACGUUGCUGGAACCUGGCGCCGAGGCAGAGGCGUUUGGUCGUGCCAAGGAGCUGUCAGUGGCCGACACCUUUACACAGUACUUUUACGAUCUCUGUGCUGCUCCCUUGUUUGGCCCUCUUUCCGAACUUCCAGAGCUCAAGGACUUGAACGUCGAGCGCGUCCCCCUUAUCAACACUCUGGUUGACCUGCUUUCGUACUGCGUCGCCGUGCACGCACACCGUGCGCAGUACUAUAUCCUCUCCAACCCCUUGGCGCAAAAGGUGUGCUCUCUCAUUUAUGCCAGGGAGAAGCCGCUUCGCCAUGCCUCUUUGCGGUUCAUCAAGGCUUGUCUGCGUACCAACAACCAUUUCAUCCACCGCAACUUUGCCAAGAAUGGCGUCACAAAGGCCAUUCUCGACCUCGUGCUGCGGGAGACGGACCGGGAUACCAUGUUGAGCUCGGCAUGUCUCGACACUUUGGAACUGAUCCGCAAGGAGAACAUGAAGCCCAUUAUUGUCGACAUGUUUGAAAAGUACGAGCCGGUCAUGACACGGCUGGCGGAACGACCAUUCGUUCGAUCCUACGUCAUGGGUCUCCGCAUUCGCUGGGACCAGUACAAGGAGCCCCCACCUCCCCCUCCUCCUCAGACAGCCGAGUCCAGCAAGGCACGCACAGUCGCCGAGGAAGAAGACGCGUGGUUUCAGCAGUCCGACGACGAAGACGCCAACGGAGGAGACACCAGCACCUCGGACUCGUCUAGCGAAUCGCAGGUCCCGGCCAAACGCAAGCGCGUGUUCCAGGCCACAGGUCCGUCCCCCAAGCGGCCCUCGCCUUCAAAGCCAACACCAGCACUUGGACUCGACUAUGACGACGCGUCGGACAGUGAGGGAUCGACAGACGGCGAAUCGCCCAAGGCAACCGGCCGUCGCCCAUCGCCCUCCAUCGACUCGACCGAGACAGAACACCUUGCCGAGGAGCUGACCGACGUCGAGCAAAAGGUCCGCGCCAAGCGGAUGCGUAACGAAGAGGAAGAGGAAGAAGCCGGAGGUUUUGCAGACCUGGUCAAGGGGGUGAAGAAGGGCGGGGCAGGGAGUGCAUCGGGCGGGCCACAAGCAUCGGCAAGGACAGUGAAGGAGGAGAAGGAGAGCACAGCAGAAGGGGCCGCAAGCGGCGGCAGCGGGGGUGGCAAGGAGAAGAAGAUCCGUCUGAGUCUCAGUGGGCUGAGCAAGAAGUUUGGAGGGAGCAAGGCGCAGUAG